UUACAGAAUUUUAGCAGAAAUGUUGGAACUCAAUAUUUCGGAAACGCGGAUUGUUCCAAUGACAUUGAUAUACGGGGUGAUUAUGUUCAAAAGAUGCCACGAGUUGAGUUAUUUCCAGCGUAUUAACAGUGUAAUUCUGGCGGAUAGUGGUGCGAAUACCGAGGUAUAUGAAAGGUUUAAUAAGUAUGGUAUAUGCCUCGAAAAGACAAAGAAAUAUACUAUUCAAGAUGAGAUUGGCACACACUUUCUUGACAAAGUGGUUGAAGAAGUGAAGGCUGGGAAAACUUUCUCCUUUGUACUUGAUAACAUUGACUGGGAGGAAAAGGUCCAUGAUAUGCGAUCUGAUCAUCAAAACAAAAGUGUGCAUGCUGUUGCAACAUCUGUAGUUUUUGAUCGCAUAUCAUCAAGCCAUUUGCAAGAUGAAGAGCCCCAGCAGUCGUUAGCUCAUACUGACAUAGCCAAGUUGGUUGGUCUAAGAGAUGAUGACCUGGCAAAGCAACGCCAAGCAUACAAAAUGAUAGCGGCAAAAAUCAUGUGUGAGAACAUCCCUGCAUUUGACUUUAUAAAGGAUUUGGUAAACAGCACUGACCAGUCUUCCAUGCAUGGUGACCAAAUGAAAGCUAAAUCAAUUGUUGUGCCAUUUCCAGUUCUUUUAAAGGAUGAAAAGAAAUAUGGCGAGAUUGUCGAUGUUCUGGAUCAGCUUGAAACAUGGGUCCAUAAGAUUUUUGCUAAAGCUGGACACAUUCCAGAUAGUGACACAUACAAUGACUGCAGUCAGUCUCAUUCUGAAGAUGAACAACACCUACUCCUGCCUGCAACUACUUCUAGACCAGAUCAACCAUUGUCACAUGUACAUCCUGCGGCUGACCCUAAUGACCCUUUGGCAACAGUUAGAGUACCCUGUUAUGGUGAUCAACUCACUAGAGUACGCCUGGCUGGUGCAAAAGAUUUAAGAGCUGGAUGUCAUACAGCACGAGAUCGACUGGAUCAUAUUCAUCCAAUAAAGGUUGCUGAUUGGCACUGUAAAAGAAGUUUUUUGAAGCUUAUUUUUAAGAUGCUAUAUAAAAAUUCUACACGUAUUCUGUGGUAUUCCACCACAUGAUGUACUGCAUGGUGAUGGGGAAAAACAACAGUACUUUGAUGAUGUUCUGGAUAAGUUUGUGGAUGAGUACUUGUUUCCAGCUCAAAAUAACUCUGAGUCGGGUGAGGAGUCAGAAGAUGAGGACCACAUUGAUAGGGUAAGGGAAUAUUCAUUAUGCCUUUUAAGAUUAUUUUUUACCCUUCAAUGUGUUAAAGAAGCAGUGAAAUUGGGGGACGGUGAUUGGCUUGCAUCUCUACGAAAGGUGCUUUUGAAACAUUUUAAAAGUCACGCAGGUCAUAACACUUAUGCCAUUGAGAUGCUAAUCAGCAUCUUGCAGGAUGAAGUGUUUCUGACAAAGAGACAGGCUCAUCAAACUCGUUGGGCUUCUACUGUUAACUGGAAGGGUGGUGCAGCAAACAAUAUUGAAAUUGAUCUUCUUCAAGAAAACCUCAAUCGAGAAUUGAAAAAAGGUAUUAAAGGAAUGGGAGCUAAUAAAACACCCCAGGCAAUUGAACGGUUAAGUAGAGCUGCUGGGGGCACUGCUGAAAUCAUCAGCAACUUUGACCAUGCUGUAGGGAUCAAGAAGAAGGCAUCAUCUCACAAGCACAAGUCUUCUGAGAAGGAUGAAAAGAUUAUUCUUUCUGAUCUCUUAGAAUUGAAACCAUUUGAGAAUAUUGGUGAUCGUUCUCAUGAUGGUUUUUCAGAUAUAUCUUCAGAUCCAUUAGCAAAAUUAGACAAUGCUGCCUUUUAUGAUUGGCUAAAUAAACACAAAAGGAACAUUACAAAGCACGGACCAGUAGACACAUCAGAUGAUGAAGAAUUAUAAAUAUUGUUUAUGCAAACAAACUGAAACAGCAGUAAUUUAAUUAUAAGACUAUAGCACUGAAUGAUUAACUAGAAUAUUAUAGUAUGGAAAUAUUAACUUUUUGGCCACUGCAUAGAAUUUUCCAAACCAAACCA